AAAGACAAUCGCGGCGGUCGAGUGUUACGUUUCAACACCGGGAGCCCUCUAUCCUUCAAUCCAAAUUUCCCGACUGCGACUUGCAAAUUCCACAUGCUCGUCCACUAUUUUCUCGUUCCACCAUUGUCAAGACGCAAGCUUUACUCUUCGUCUUUUUCUUUUUCUUCUGGACAUUGUCGUGCUUUCUGUCCUCUUCGGACGCAUGAACCAGUGGUCUUCUCCGCAGCACCUCUGCACGGAAUAUCUGUUCUCCAAUCGGUAGUUCAAUACCAUAGGAUCACGCGACACUGAUGUCCUCCAUUUUAAUCGUUAUACUUGCAGUUUGUUAAUCCAGGAGGUCUCAAAAGACAGGUAUAGAUUUUGAUUUUUAAUUGCGUUGUUGAGUUCGUCUACGAUUCGAAUAAGACGAUGAGCUCCGAGAUCAAGGGCUCAUCGAGAGAGGAAAUGGAGCCUCUCGUUCUCGACGAAGAGCCGUUGAACGGGAAAUCUUAUGUUAGCUAUAGAAGCGCCAUGUCGUCGCUUUCCGACACGCACCACCCUUUGUCGCCGCCGAUGGUCGCGACUCCAGCUGAUUCCGAUCCGUUGCUAUCGCCGCCGCCUCCGUCACCGCCUUUUCGGGAGCUCGAAAAACCUAAUGCACCUGAUAAUUCCUACAUAGAACCUUCGUCUUAUGUGGACGUAGUUUUUAGCUCAUUUCAGGGCGAUAAUGGCAACGGCGUCGAAAGCCCUUCGCGAGAAUCGGAAAAUUCGAUUGUUUUGUCGAGAUUGCCGUCGUCGAGUUCCGAAUAUUUGAAUAUUGCCGUAUCGAAUCCUCAGAAAGAGCAGGAAACUUCAAAUUCGAUUGUGCCUGGGGGAAAUACCUACGUAACAUACCUGAUUACGACGAGGACGAAUAUGCCGGAGUUUGGGGGAUCGGAGUUUAGUGUUCGCAGAAGGUUUAAAGAUGUAGUGACAUUGUCUGACAGGUUAUCGGAAUCGUUCAGAGGGUUUUUGAUUCCACCAAGGCCAGAUAAGAAUGUGGUGGAGAGCCAAGUGAUGCAUAAGCAAGAAUUUGUGGAGCAGAGGAGAGUGGCAUUAGAGAAGUACCUGAGGAGAUUGGCUGCGCAUCCCGUGAUUAAGAAGAGUGAUGAAUUGAGGGUGUUUUUACAGGUGCAAGGGAAGCUUCCAUUGCUAAAUAGCACGGAUGUGGCAUCAAGGAUGCUUGAUGGUGCUGCAAAGCUUCCAAAGCAGUUGUUUGGGGAUUCUGGGAGUGCAGUUGCUCUGCAUGAGGUGUUGCAGCCAGCAAAAGGAGGGAGGGAUUUGUUGAGGAUCUUCAAGGAAUUGAAGCAGUCGGUGGCAAAUGACUGGGGAGGUUUGAGGCCGCAGGUGAUUGAGGAAGAUAAGGAAUUCCUAGAAAAGAAAGAGAAGGUUCACAAUCUCGAGCAGCAACUUAGCAAUGCAUCUCAGCAGGCUGAAUCACUUGUCAAAGCUCAGCAAGAUAUUGGAGAAACAAUGGGAGAAUUGGGAUUGGCAUUUAUUAAACUGACAAAAUUUGAAAACGAGACAGCCAUGCUUAACUCUCAACGUAUAAGAGCAGCUGAGAUGAAGGGCGUGGCAACAGCUGCUGUCAAAGCAAGCAGAUUAUAUCGGGAAUUAAAUUCACAAACAGUUAGACAUUUGGAUACGCUUCAUGAAUAUCUUGGGUUGAUGUUAGCUGUCCACAGUGCAUUCUCGGAUCGCUCAAGUGCUUUAUUGACAGUUCAGACUGUUAUGUCAGAACUGUCUUCAUUACAUGCAAGGGUGGAAAAACUUGAAGCUGCAUCAUCCAAUAUAUUUGGUGGUGACAGGACAAGGAUUCGCAAGAUGGAAGAGUUGAAAGAAUCCGUAAGAGUUACUGAGGAUGCUAAAUGUUGUGCAGUUAGAGAAUAUGAGCAAAUCAAGGAAAAUAACAGGAGUGAACUUGAAAGAUUCGAUAGGGAAAGGCGUGAUGAUUUCUUGAACAUGUUGAAGGGGUUUGUGAGUAAUCAGGUGGGGUAUGCUGAGAAAAUUGGAAACGUAUGGGCGAAGAUUGCAGAGGAAACCAGUGGUUAUGCCAAAGAGAGCAUGUGAUCUGUGGAUUUCCCUUUCAUUUUUCUUUAUUUUUUUUAUUCAUGUGCACUAUUUGGACCAACCAACACAUUCACAAAAUCAUAAUAAGAGAGAGAGAGAGAGAGAGAGAGAGAGAGAGAGAGAGAGAGAGAGAUUUUUUGUAAAAAAUUUUUGUUGUAAAUUGAUAGUUAUUUGGUAAAUGGCUUCGAAUCCUUGAAUUUUGAGAUGGUAGUAGCAAUGGAUAUUUUAAUAAACAAGUUUUUGAUGUGUAA